AUGAGGAUGAGCCCGUUCCAAUGGAUUUAACCGACCCGCAGGGUGCUAGCCACCCACCAAAAAGGUUCCCGUACACGGAACAUUUGUCAGCAAAGUUCCAAAACAUUCGAUGACGGGUUUUGACAUGGAUUCUAUUCCCGGUGUAUACUUGGGAGCAGGGUGAUGGAUCAGAACCAAGCCUCUCAAGCAAUGAUUACGGAGUCGUUACCGGACCAAUCUCAGACAGGUUUCUCGGUGUCCGAGGGCGAGGAUAUGGUCUCAAAACUCCUCCCGGGCGCUGCUGCGAUGAAAGUACACCUUGCUGGAAGUCGGAAACGAAUAAAAUCGACUCCUGCGCUUGAAAGCUCGCAAAAGCCCAAGAAAGCGAAACUGAAUGUAAUGGAGGCCGCCCGGCAAAGUCGUAAGGCUGUUGAUGAAGCAGCGAUGCAGCGGCGGGAACAAGAAGUUGCGUCCUUCCGUGCGAUGACCGAAAGCGUGGAUAUCGGACGAUUGCGGAACCUUGCGAUUGUUGAAGAGAUGGUGGUGCCAGUCAUGUCUCGCGAACAAAUAGACCCGGCCGAUAGUGUUCGAUACGAUCAGCGCUGGAAUGGCCGAAAGAACUUCAAAAAAUUCCGCCGAAAGGGACAUGGCUGUUCAAUCCCUCGCACGGUUCAGCCUGUGAUCGUGCCCCUGGAAGAGGUUAAGAGGAAGGACUUUGGUCUUGGGGGGGCAUACUGGAGUACGAGCCAACCCAGGGCCCGACAUCAUACUACGAUUGGAAGGAAUGAGGAAACUCCGAGCCCUUCACGGCGCAUUAUUACCCAAAGCAAGUCACCCACUCGGCCUGCAAGCAUUGGUAAGCGGCCCCGAGAUACUCGAGAUGCAAGGGAGUCUGAUAGUGAAGAUUGUGUGAGAUUCCGCUUCCGACGAAGGAAGGGAAGAUGAUAUAUCCUUGAGGCGGGAUUUCAAACCAAAAUUCGAAUGAUCGGAAUGCACAGCUAUUUGAAAUCGAAAAGUCGGAAACCAUGUCUUGUCGCUGUUCGUAGAGUGCCGUUUUUUUGUUGUAAACCAGGUCUUUCCUGUAUCUUAGCUUCCAACUAUAGAUAUAGUAGUAACGUAAGCAGGCACUCACAACUCAGUUGAUGCCCGCUCUGAUCAUGUUAAUCUUAAUACUGGCUUCCAUUGUCUUGAGACAGUCACGAAAAUUGAUUUUUAUUAAAGAAGGCUGAAAUAUGCUUUAACAGUGACUUGAAAUCAAACUUUCUCUCUCUUUAAAAAGCAUCUGCUUUGUUGUGAUGAAUGUGUUUAUGUAGAAUAGUUGAACAUUGUAUUGGCAGAGCUAUCUACAAAGAAUCUAAUAGUGGUUGAUCACAUGAUCUAGAGAGAU